GAGGAACAAAAUGGUCUCCCUGUUUCUGAGGCAUCAACACGGUUCUUUUGCUCAACAUCAGUUUUAUCACCAGUUUAUAUCCAAAACCACAGUUAACCUCCCUGUUCAACCUGUUCAACCUGUUCAACCCGUUCAACCCGUUCAACCCGUACAAUGUGGUCUGCCAUUGACUGGUUAAAUCCAGAUAUAUAAUCCAUCAGGCACUACUAGUCCAUCCUCUCCUGAAGCUAUUGUUUUGCAAUCGAAAACCGGUGAGUGACUGUCUCCUCAUGGUCUGACCCGGGAG